CUCGACAACGCCAUCCAGAACGCCAGGAGCGCAGCAAGAGUAGUUGGCCUGACCCACCUUCACAUCGCACAUUGAUCACAUCACCGGAGCAGCCAAUUCGGUCGACCUCGGUUGUCACGCCUUCGCCUCAUCCGCUCUUCAGGUACUCCGCCCAUCUCCCGUUCAGUUCGUUCUUCUUCGACUACCAAGAGGAACAGGCAGUCUCAAGAAUGGCGUCCUCAUCCUCAGCCAUCUCCGCUACCAGAUUUCUUCAAUCCCCAACCAACGCAAAGCCCAGAUCUCCUUCUUACUCCCUCUCCAAUUCGUCAUUUAUGGCUUCCCGUUCAGAACUCCGCUGCCCAUCUUCCCUCUCGUUGAGAUCCCCUCGCAGAGCAAGCUCGUUUACUAGCGCCCUCAAGCAGAAAACCUCCAAAUCGACCGCCACCAUCGUGGCUGAUUCUCUGUUGAUCACGAAGGAAGAAGGAUUAGAGCUGUAUGAAGACAUGGUGCUGGGGAGGUCGUUCGAGGACAUGUGUGCGCAGAUGUAUUACAGAGGAAAGAUGUUCGGCUUCGUUCACCUGUACAACGGGCAGGAGGCUGUGUCCACGGGCUUCAUCAAGCUGCUGAAGAAGGAAGACUACGUCUGCAGCACCUACAGAGAUCACGUCCACGCCCUCAGCAAGGGCGUCUCUUCGCGGGCGGUCAUGAGCGAGCUCUUCGGCAAGACCACCGGGUGCUGCCGCGGCCAGGGCGGCUCAAUGCACAUGUUCUCCAAGGAGCACAACGUCCUUGGCGGCUUCGCCUUUAUUGGUGAGGGGAUUCCCGUCGCCACCGGUGCGGCCUUCACUACAAAAUACCGAAGGGAGGUCCUUAAGGAAGAAGACUGCGACCAUGUGACGCUUGCAUUCUUCGGCGACGGGACCUGCAACAAUGGGCAGUUCUUCGAGUGCCUGAAUAUGGCGGCGCUUUGGAAACUGCCCAUCGUGUUUGUGGUAGAAAACAAUUUGUGGGCCAUCGGAAUGUCGCAUCUCAGGGCAACUUCUGAUCCGGAGAUCUGGAAGAAAGGGCCGGCGUUCGGAAUGCCGGGGAUUCAUGUUGAUGGUAUGGACGUUUUGAAGGUGAGGGAAGUGGCGAAGGAGGCAAUCGCGAGGGCGAGGCGAGGAGAGGGGCCGACUCUGGUCGAAUGCGAGACCUAUCGGUUUAGGGGUCAUUCCUUGGCUGAUCCUGACGAGCUCCGUGAUCCUGCUGAGAAGGCUUACUAUGCUGCAAGAGAUCCAAUUGUGGCAUUGAAAAAGUACCUAAUUGAGAAUAGUCUAGCUACCGAGUCGGAGUUGAAGGCAAUCGAGAAGAAGAUCGAUGAGGUUAUUGAAGAUGCGGUUGAAUUUGCGGAUCAGAGCCCUCUUCCACCACGAAGCCAGCUCCUUGAGAAUGUCUUUGCUGACCCCAAAGGUUUCGGAAUCGGCCCGGACGGCAGGUACAGAUGCGAGGAUCCUGGUUUUACAGAGGGUACUGCUCAGGUCUAGGAUUGACCGGAUCAAGUUAUCGCUGUUCUGUUUACUAGAGUAAAGAUUUUAAUUUUAUGGGGCAUGAUAGGGUGGAGUAUUAAUCUUAUUUUCGAUUAGGAUGUCAUGGUCUUCCACCAGUCAAUGCAGACACUUCUGCUCGCUUUUUCGCUUUGCACGCUUCAAAUUUAUGGGAUGAGCUGAAUUCUGUGUUUUUCGCUUACAUUUUGUUUUUCUUGUGAAAAAUGGAUCAUCCAUAGAAAAAUUAAUCUAACCUAUCUAUCUUUUGAUACUAA